AUGUCAAUGAUUGGCUCCCUAGCAAACUCAAUUACUAAAAUUAAUGCGAAAAAUAUCAACAUCUUCAAUAAUAAAAAUGUUUUUCAUUUAGAUUUUAGAAGAACUUUAAUGAAAACACACAAAGGUACAGCUAAAAGAUGGAAAUACAUAUCCAAAUUAGAUACUUUCAAAAGAGGUAAGUCAGGCAGACAACAUGGUAAUAUAGGAUGGUCUCAACGAUCUUUGAAAACUUUAAGUGGCAGGACAUAUGCUGAUAAAACUCAUGUAUCAAAGUUAAGAAAACUGUUGCCUUAUAAUUGA